UCAGCGUAAAAUGUUGUGAGGCAUUUUUAAACCCCGAAUAAAAUUCGCGUCAUAACCUACUCUUUGCAUUUCGACGUUUCUGGUCAUGGCUUUUCUCUUUAACUUAUUAACUCUUCUGGCAGUGGCCGCUAUUUCCAUUCAAGUGACUCUUGCCCUGGAGUUUAUGGAUGAAGGCACUUUGGGCAACGAUGGGGCUCAUCAUUUUGACGAGGAAUCCUCCGCUGAGGUGCCUGGAAUUUUAACUGGUUACACCAGGGACACUGUCGCUCAUUUUAAUCCUCGGAAAGUAGAUGCUGGAUUUCGACAACUUUGGGAACGUGUUCCUCUCCAAAAAAUCGAUGUGAUCAAGCGGAGAUAGGGAAACGUUCAAUCCCUCAAAGUCGUGAAUAAAUCACCAAUUAUCUCAAUUAAAAUGUUACAUAUAUAGAAGUUGCAUACUUCAAAUUAAUAAUAUAUUUUUCUUAGCACUGCAA